AUGGCUCCUCCGCCUUCGGGCGGGCUCCCUAUUCGGCACUCGGCGCAGCGCGUCGUCGUCCGCCUCGCCUUGGUCGUUAUCGGCUUUCUCCUCUUUCGAUCCUUUUUCUUCCCCUCCCACACCGACUCUGAGGAGAUCAUCUCGCAUGGUGUUCUCGAGCGCGUCCUCCUCACCGACAAGUACCUCGAUACGGCGAAGUACCCUUUCCUGCAGGCGCGGAUAGGAAGGGAUGAGCGGCCAGACCUGUUUGACGACGAGGUCGGGGAUGGGAUCAUGGACUUUUGGACGCGCUUCCAAAAGCCCUUCAUUACCGGGAGGGAUACGGCGCACCUGGACACGCAGGUGAUGCGGACGGUGGUCGAUGAUCUGCUGCAAUUCAACGGGUGGGUAGCGGCGGCAUGCCCCACGUUGAUCCGGCCGUUUGGUCAAAACAGCCGGGACGACAAGUAUGAGGAUUUGGCGGCGCAGGACAAUCUCUAUUAUAUCGCUAUCACCAUCCACUCUGCGGAUCACUUCCUCGUCGAUCAACUUGCCAUCAUCAUCCAGGUCGCUCGGCGGCUGGGGACGCGGAACCUCUUUGUCUCCAUGCUCGAUAUGGACUCGGCGGAUGCUACUCCUACCCUGGCGGAUCUAUGCGAAUCUAUCCUCACUAUCCUCGGUAUCGCCUUCCGUAUCCGGCGCGUUCCGCCCAUGACGGUCGACCCCUCGGCGUCGUACUAUCCCCUCGAGGAGGCGUAUGCGCGGAAUCUGGCGCUGGAGCCGCUGCAUGAGCUUUGGAAGAAGCGGAGCAUCAAGUUCCACCGGGUGAUUUGGUUGAAGGGGUUCACUUGCCCCAACGACGUGCUGGAGAGUCUGCGGGUGAGCGAGGUGAACGGGGCGGCGUUGGUUUGUGGGAUGGAUUGGGCAGAGCACAAUGGAUUCUUCAUCUUCUCCGAUCGAUGGCGUACCCGUGAUAUCGAAGGCAACCUCUUCCGGCAGGCCAAGUCCAACUCCAAACCCGAAGCUGGACCGCCCAGAGAUACUGCCGGGACGGAGCGGUACAAGGGCCACCUGCCAUUCCAGGUGUUCUGCUGCGAAUCCGGUACGCACGUCGUCGAUCCGGAACAAUCCUACUAUCGCGAUAUCGCCUACCGCGCAUCCCCACUCUCCCACAACCUCUCUACCACUCAGGAACAGCCCGACUGGGACCCCGAAACCCAGUGCAUGGACUCGACGCAGAUGUGGUUCUGCCGCGAUCUGUGGUCGGAUGCGGCGAAUGGCGGUCUGAAGGAUGGGAAGCGGGCGGGGCAUGUCAAGUUGACGGGCGGGCACAAGCGGGGGCUGGACAAUGCCCCGAGGAAGAGGGAAUUGGGUGUGGUGGAGAAAGCGUAUGACCCAGAGCCAAAGGUCAAGAUUGAAGAGACGGAGGCGGAACCCACAACGGCGGAUGAUGAGCAAGGGACAGAUGUCGAUGCGAUCGACGAGGAGAUACAGGAAGCGCCCGCACCCCUCGACGCCCUCCCCGCUUCGGCCUACCUCGUCCCCAAUUCCGCCUACACUCCCGCUCGGAUCCUCGUCAACCCCCGCUGCGUCACCACAUACGGCGGUGUAUCCCACACCCAACUGGCGCUGGAUCUGUUUGGGAAUAGGGACGAGCCGCAACAUACCGGCGGAAACUACGUGCUGGAUGACUGGGCGGGACCGCCAGAUAGCUUUGUGUGUCAGGAGAUGCGGACGACGGGAGGAAGGACGGCGGCAAAGUCGCAGCGGAGAGUUGGGUUCUUGUUGCAGAAUGAGGUGAGCUAG